GUGUAGUCCGUGGCAGCGCAUGUAAACAACUUCGCGUGGUCACAGGAGAGCACUGUCAGAAGUCGACGAAAAACUUCGAAACCAGCAAAAUGUCAAGACCAGCAGGGACGCUUAUCACCACCCACAAUGCCAACUACAUAUCUCCCAGAUUUAUGCCAGGGUAUCGAGGUCACUGCCCCACCACCAAGUUCGACUAUGGCGAGACGUACGGAAACGCUACAUCUAAAUAUUUCCAGGACUACAGGUCGGAGGUGUUGAGGAGCUCGUCUGACCCGUACUGCAGGGGAGGGCAGUUCCCCACGUACUACACACACAACCCAGACCUAGUCAUUGGGAACCGCAGUCGCACACAAGACAAGUGGACAGCAGCACCAAAAUAUCAGCUGUCAAACAUUGACCACGACAGGCGUGAAGAACUGUGCAAGUUUGAUCAGCUGGCCCAGUCCCAUCGGGAACACUAUACAGACAAGUCAGGGACCAGGAAGAGUGUGGAUUACUUCAAACUGCCUGUCAGUGCUGAGGAACAGUUUAAGAAAAAUGCUAUGUUCAUGGUACUGUCCACUGGUCACUCGGAUCAGAUCAGCUUGCCUCACUUAAAGCAUGUGGCACGCCGAGGACCCCUCAUCCGCCGCGUCGCCCUCAACUCCUCACAGCGGGACCGGGAGAUGCGCGACGUGUACUUCGAGAGUCGCUAACUGCAGUUACACACAAUGUUAUGUUCAGUUGGGAUUUACGUUAUUGUUUUGAAUGAUCUACUUACUUACUACCAGUCUUCUUUCAGAUUUUAAACACAAAACCCGAGUUUCCAGACCAAAUAACAUAAGGGAGUGGACCAUUAGUCUGCAUUGUGGUUAUUUUUUCUUUUGUCGAAAGUCAGUAUUAAUGUUUGUGAUAUGUUGACAUAUUGUAUCAGGUUUUUAAGUUUUGUUAUUGAUAAUUCUCUUGGUUAUGUUAUUAUAAGAUUGUAUGAACGAACAAGUUGUAGUUCUUGGGAUUUUGAUUUCGGACCAAGAAUGUUUGUUUAGAAUUGGAUAAGGUUUUUAUACAAAGGGACAUAGGUUACCGUACGUCUUUCGGAAUGUUUAAACUGAGAACUAGUUUUGUGACACUUUUAUCUAUAAUCAUUUCAUCUCCAUUGAUUUAGCAAUGGUUGUUUGUGUAUUGUGAUAACUUAUAUAUUGUUGUGUAUUUUUAUAUGAGGUCUACAAGCUCAUAUGGUUGCCACUGCUGUAGGUGUUUACCACUAUGUAUAGACAGUGAGGAUGUACGGGGGCAAGUCUUGGAUACUCUUACUUUUGUUUUCUGCAGAAUUACUGCAUUACCAUGUCAAUUUCCAAUCAGUUUUCUUUGUUUUUUUGUACCGAGAAAAAAUCCUGCUCGAAAUAUGUUUUUCAAUAACUGAAAGUGAUAUUGUUUAAUAUGAUAUUUGUUAUGUCUUUCAGCUGUAAUUUAAUCAUGUUGUUCCAGAUCAUCAUAUCAUUAUAACCAUGAGUUGUAUAUGACAGUAUUAAACAGCGUUGAAAAGUU